AAAAGCAGAAAAAGAUACGCAAGAGACGCUGAGUCGGACGUGUAUUAUACGGUCCAUAGUACACAUUUCAGGGUUUUUGUUUCUAUUAUUAGGUUAUUAGGUUUCACGUUUUGCUGGAAUUUUGGUUUCUGGCUGCAGAAUGUACGUCAAGGAUCCGAAGCGGCUCUUGGAGGUGCCACACAUCCAGUAUGGGGCCUGGGACGAGCCGGGCGUUUCCAUGUUUGCCACCGUCGAGCAGGAGCCGGUGGACAAUAUACUGAGGCGUAUGAAGCCUCUGAAUUUUGGCUCUUCAGACACCGAUCCAACCGCCGAUCCCUUGGUUAAGGACCCGAGUAAUGCCAUCAAGACUAUCUUCCGUACUGUCAAGAAGCAGGUGGUGGAGUUGGCGGCCGAACGCAACAGCAAAGUCUUUCCCCAUCUACAGGAGGGGCAAGUGGACGACGCUGUGGCCAAGGCUAUGAAGGUGGAGCGCAAUCGGGAAAUGGUUGAGACGAGCGUCCGUCAACAGAUGCACGAAAGCAGUCAAAAUUUGCGCGCCCUAGACCUCGAGUUGGAGCGCGCCCAGACGUCUUUGAAGAUUAGAAACCAGGCAGAUACCACUGUGCAGGAGCGCCGCAACGCGUACCUUCGCGAGAAGGAACAGGCCCGCCAACAGCGCGAGCGCAUCAACGAGGAGAUGCGACUCGAGGAGAUCGCGCUGCGCAGCAAGGCUGACUCCUUUCGCCGUCAGCUGAUCAAGCAAAUGGAGGACAAUCGCACCCGUCGACGCCUGCAACGCAUGGCCGAAGUGGAGGAGUGCCAACUGGCGCGACGCAGAGACGAAAUGAGCCUCGCCAGAGAUACAAUGCAGGCUGCCGAGCGUAAACUCAAGCAUCGCCAAGCCCUCAAGCAGUCCCUUGACGAGUUUGAGGCUAUGCAGAAGAACAUCAAAGAGUCGAAUCGGGUGACGAUGGUGCGCUCCGAAGUCGGCCUCUUGGACGCCAUGCACGAGAAAACAAAGACCGAGGAGGAGGCGGCACUGCGACGACGCGUAGAAUGCGUGGAGACCCGAAAGGCCAACAGCGCUGUUGUCUGCUCUCAGCUCAGUGUGAUCAAGAAGGAGAAGGAUGUGCGCGAUAAGCUCAUUACAGAUCUGCUGGUGCGCGAGCAUCGGGAGAAAGAUGAUCACGAGUUCUACCAUGCGACGCUGGACAAGCUGAAGGAGAAGAAUAGGGUGCGUCAGGAGCUGAUCCUGUUGUGCAAGGAAAGAGAGUUCCACAGGAAGAGGGAGAAAGCGCUUGACCUGAUGAUCCCCCACGACAGCACCUGCUUCUUUGAGCGUCAAUAUCAAAUGCAAGAUGCGCGCGAGAAGCUCCUGCACCAAAUCAAAAAGGAUGCCUGUGCCCAAGUGACAGCCAUAGUCGAGGAGAGUGAGAAACGCCGCGCCGCCACCUAUAAGGAGGAGAAACAGUUGGAACGUACCAUAAUCGCCAUGGCAGCCGAAAACGAUCGCAAAAUAUCCGAGGAGCGUAUACGGAUACUCAUGGAAAAGCCCAAAGAGCUCAUCUAUACGUUGCGGGGCGGUGUUCUCACCGACGAGGAGAUCGUCGCUCUAGGCAUGGUGAAGCGCAACUAAAGACACUGAGAAACAAUACCAUAUAGUGUUGAAAUUGUACAUAAAGAAGUCACAUAUAGCACGAUUCCGUUCGGAAUAAAAAAUAUAUAUAUUAACUACGUUAAUGAAAGCACACACUACAA